GGCAGUGAGUUCUACACGAGCCGGCUACGACGUCACGGCAUGGUUUAUAAAACCCACAUCCUCGGGCUGCCCGUCGUCCGAGUGGUCGGGGCGGCGAACGUGAAGAAGAUCCUGAUGAACGAGAACGACCUGGUGACGGCUUACUGGCCCACCAGUGUCCGCAUGCUGCUGGGCCACGAUUCUGUCUCCAUGUCGAUAGGUGAACUCCACAGAACAAAGAGAAGGGCUCUACAGAGGGUGUUUAACCAGGAGGCCAUGGCUCACUAU